UCUUCCUAGUGGCGUGGGGCGGCUGAGGUAACUGAUAGUGCGUCCCGGCCGGUGGGUUGCCGGCUGUUCGUGUGAUUUGGCCUGUCCUACGGAAGUGCUGGUCCGGAACCAUGGAGUACAUGACAGAAUCCAUUGACCGCAGCCCGGGACACAUCUUGUGCUGUGAGUGUGGUGUCCCAAUUAGUCCAAAUCCUGCCAAUAUUUGUGUGGCCUGUUUACGAAGUAAAGUUGACAUCAGCCAAGGUGUUCCAAAGCAAGUCUCCAUUUCUUUCUGCAAACAAUGUCAAAGAUAUUUUCAGCCACCAGCAUCAUGGGUACAGUGUGCUUUAGAAUCCAGGGAACUUCUUGCUUUGUGUUUGAAAAAAAUUAAAGCUCCUCUGAGUAAGGUUCGGCUUGUUGAUGCAGGCUUUGUUUGGACUGAGCCCCAUUCCAAGAGACUUAAAGUUAAAUUGACAAUUCAGAAAGAGGUGAUGAAUGGUGCUAUCCUGCAGCAAGUGUUUGUGGUGGAUUAUGUUGUUCAGUCCCAAAUGUGUGGAGACUGCCAUAGAGUAGAAGCUAAGGAUUUCUGGAAGGCUGUGAUCCAAGUUAGGCAGAAGACUCUGCACAAGAAAACUUUCUACUAUCUGGAACAGUUGAUUCUGAAAUAUGGAAUGCAUCAGAAUACACUGCGUAUCAAGGAGAUUCAUGAUGGUCUGGAUUUUUAUUAUUCUUCAAAACAACAUGCUCAGAAGAUGGUGGAGUUUCUUCAGGGUACAGUUCCCUGUAGAUACAAAGCAUCACAAAGAUUGAUCUCCCAGGAUAUCCAUAGUAACACAUACAAUUACAAGAGUACUUUUUCUGUGGAAAUUGUUCCAAUAUGCAAGGAUAAUGUUGUCUGUCUGUCACCAAAACUGGCACAGAGCCUUGGAAAUAUGAGCCAGAUAUGUAUUUGUAUUCGAGUAACUAGUGCCAUCCAUCUCAUAGACCCAAACACCCUACAAGUUGCAGAUAUUGAUGGAAACACUUUCUGGAGUCAUCCUUUCAAUAGUUUAUGCCAUCCUAAACAGCUUGAAGAGUUUAUUGUGAUAGAAUGCAGCAUAGUCCGAGAUCUGAAGCGGAGUGCGGGGGCUGGAGUGAUAUCAAAAAAGCACACCCUUGGGGAAGUCUGGAUCCAGAAGACAUCUGAAAUGAAUACAGAUAAACAGUAUUUUUGCCGGACUCACUUGGGACAUCUUUUAAAUCCUGGAGACCUUGUGCUGGGAUUUGAUUUGGCCAACUGUAACUUAAAUGAUGAACAUGUCAACAAAAUGAACUCAGACAGAGUUCCAGAUGUGGUGAUAAUUAAGAAGAGCUAUGACCGUACCAAACGCCAGCGCCGUAGAAACUGGAAACUCAAAGAGCUUGCGAGAGACAGAGAAGACAUGGACACAGAUGAUGAAAGGCAGUAUCAAGAUUUUCUUGAAGAUCUUGAAGAAGAUGAGGCAAUUAGAAAAAAUGUCAACAUUUACAGAGAUUCAACCAUCCCUGUGGAAAGUGACACAGAUGAUGAAGGAGCACCUCGAAUUAGUCUGGCUGAGAUGCUUGAAGACCUUCAAAUUUCUCAAGAUGCCACUGGUGAAGAAGGUGCAUCAAUGAUGUCAUGAUGAGUCAUAUUAUAUGCUGUUUGGAUAUCUGUGGCCUCAGGAAGUUGGCAAAAUAACUUUUAUUGUAUAGUACAUGUAUUCCCUUAUAUUUUGAAAGGAGAAAUUUGACCUUAAACUUGAAUAAACUUGAAUAAACUUGAAUAAAUUAC